CCUAGAUUCCCACAGACAAAUUUGUACUUCCGGUUUUCCAGAAAUUUCUUCUUGCUUUUUUAUUUUUCUUAUAUAGCAAGGGAUAGAAGGUUCGAGGCAAAAUAUACGACCAUCCGAAUACAGUUAAACUAAACAUCAUAAAAUGGCCAAAUGGGGAGAAGGUGACCCUAGAUGGAUUGUUGAGGAAAGGGCUGAUGCUACUAAUGUGAACAAUUGGCACUGGACCGAGAAAAACGCAACACAAUGGUCAAAAAAGAUGAAGGCUGUUGUGAAAUCACCGAAGUUAGCAAAAUAGAUGGCGAAGCCUCAGCAAAUAAUAGGAAAGCAAAACUCAUAUUUUUCUAUGAAUGGGAAAUAAAAGCAGAAUGGUCAGGCAAACUCACAGAUGGAAAGAGCAAAUUCAAAGGCACCAUGGAGAUCCCGAAUCUCAGUGAUGAGAAUGAUCCUGAAGACCUUGAUAUUCAAAUAACUACCAAAAGCAAAAAUGAUGAUGCAUAUAAACUAAAAGAAAUCCUCAGGGUGAAUGGCACGGAAAAAAUACAACAGCAACUUGGCCAGUAUAUCAAAAAGUUAAAAGAAGAAUACAGUCAGGGUAUGAUUCUUCCCACUGCAAAAGAUGGUGAAGUUGUUAAACCAGUAAACAAAACUACAAAUAAAAAUACAGUUUCACAAAAGGCUUCCACUUCAAGUAUAUUAUCAAAAGUGGAUGUUGGGCAGUUGGACAUUGGUGUAAAAAUAAGAACUAAAACGUUAAAAUUGAAAGAAGAAUUCAAAUGUCAGGCUGUUGAUCUAUACAGGGCUCUUACAGAAAGAGAGAGGGUCCAGGCUUUCACUAGAGGACCUGUUGAGAACCAGGCAGAACCUGGGGCGAACUUUACUUACUUCGGGGGAAAUGUAGCAGGACAAUUUAUCAAUGUGGAACCCUAUAAAACAAUACAACAAAAGUGGAGAUUUAAACAUUGGCCCACGGGCCAUUAUUCAGAAGUGACUCUCAGUUUGGAGGAAAAGGCUGACUGUACUCAAUUAAAUCUUGAACAAACGGGUAUCCCAGAACAAGACUAUGAAAAAACCCAAGAGGGCUGGAUGAAAUAUUAUUGGCUUCCAAUCAAGCAAACAUUUGGUUAUGGUGCUAGUUUAUUUUAACAAGUGGACUCAUAGGAUCAAUUAUUAUAAACUUGUAAAUUAUUUCAUCUUGACAAAUAUGUUGAGAAAAUGUGCAUGUGACUGUCUUGAACAAUAAACUUGAAAAAUUGUAAUUUAAGCUGAAUGUUC